CAACAUUCCUGAGCAAGGCUACACUAAGCGAUAUGUCUACCUCAUUCUCCACCAUUCCGAUUGUUGACCUCAGUCGCCUCCAGAACCCCGAGACCACAGAUUCCGAGUUAGUAGUCCUUCGAGAUGCGAUUUUCCAUGUUGGAUUCUUAUAUCUAGUAAAUACCGGCCUCGAGUCAUUGAUCAAGGAAGCACACGCGCGAAUGCCCGAAGUCUUCUCUAUCCCUGUGCCCGAGAAAGAUGCAGUCGACAUGAUAAAUUCUCCCGCAUUUUUAGGUUACACAUCUCUGGGAAGAGAGACAACUGCCAGUGUCACAGAUCUCCGGGAGCAAUUUGACUUUGGAUCUGAAGUCGAAGACUUUAAGGAAGGUGACCCUUUCUGGCAGAGGUUGGAAGGUCCAAGCCAGUUCCCUAAUGAGUCCAUAAAGGACCUUGUUCGGAGAUAUAUGGCUGCCAUGGAAGCCCUAGGCAGGACUUUCGUCAGGUUUGCGGCCAAGAGCAUCUCGCUCCCAGCUGACACAUUUGAGCCCUUCCUUGGGAAAAUGUCGAGAUUGAAAUUCGUUAAAUACCCAGAAUCUCCUGCUGGAUCUCAGGGCGUUGGGCCUCACAAAGACUCUAUCGGUCUUUUCACGUACCUUGCUCAAGACAACGUUGGGGGUUUGCAAGUUCUUAAUAAAUCUGGAGAGUGGAUAGACGCGCCCCCUAUUGAGGGAAGUCUGGUCAUAAACAUUGCGCAAGGGUUUGAAGCGAUAACUGGGGGUGUCUGUUCUGGAACCACACAUCGCGUCAUGUCACCGACAUCUUGCACUCGGUACAGCAUCCCGUAUUUUCAAGCAGUGAGGUUAGACCUCAGAUUAGAUGAUCUGAAGCGAUCCACUGCGAGCAUCGUUGAUAGGAUUCCAGCUUCUGAUGAUAAGAAGAAGAGAGCUGUGGACGUUCCCAGUGAGCUAAUAUCUCCGCAAUACGCAUGCUUUGGUGAAGCACAACUACGAAACCGCAUUUUCAGUCAUCCUGAUGUGGGUAAGAAGUGGUAUCCGGAGCUGUAUAGCCGAUACUCGCAGCAGUCAGUUGUGUGAUAAAUAUGACUUGGUAUAUCAGUAGCUACGCUUCAAUGAUGCACGUAGACAUUAUUGAGAAUCUUUCCACCUUUCGAAGAUGUACAAUGAGAAUAGCGAAGUUUCUGCUUUAACGCACGCCGAAUGAAACUCUUACGAGAUAUCGCCUGGAGAGAAAUUCUGA